AUGAAGCUCGAAGUCCCCUUUCAGCUUCUUUCACUCGCUACCCUCGUUUUUGCCAGUCCUCUGCCCCUUAACAAUGGUUCUGUCGACAUCCAUUCCGAACAGCCACGAGACCCGAACUUGCGCGAUCCCAUCUUCGUCAGCGUGCCCGAGCCGGUCAAGAACAAUCCCCCACUUCAAGGCAAUCCGGCGGUCAACGGCACCAACACGACCUUUUCUGCACCUUUUACCCCUGCCGGUGGGCUCUUGUCCCAGAACCCAAAGUGUGAGUCACCCUGGUCGCCUCUCGAGUGGUCGCACGAGCUUGGUGACCUCGGUGCGACGGACACCAAGCUCGUACAUCGGUCGCACGGCUGCGGUCCAGCCACGGCCGUCACUCCCUCACGGACUAAUCAUGCCUCGUCUUCAACAGACCGUGUCAAGUCCAAUUUUGAUUAUCAGAGCUUGAGCGUCGGUCUCCACCAAGAAUUAAUCGAACUUGUAAGUGCUGGAUCAGUUUGGUGCUACACGGCUCAACCGGUGGCCGACUAGCGCUGAUGCCCCUAUCCACUGCUGGUCGCUCGGUCACAACUCACCGCUCCUCCCAGGAUCUGUUCCAAGAUGCCCUUUCAAGGUCUGUCAACAGUUAUGUCAAUGGUCUGGGUGGACCUAUAGCUUAUCGGCGCGACCUGCCCGCUGAUUUCGACAGGUUCUCCGUCGACGAAUGGGAGGCUGCUGGCAUCACCGCCGAGGAUCGCUUCUUGAUUGAGUUUAUGGCGGACCAAGAGGUCGGUCACGCGACUGCGCUCACCAACAUGGUCGGUCCUGAGAGGGUUAGUGAUAUCCCUACGUCCUUCCUGCAUCUCAAGUGUUCUUUCGCUGAACCGAAUGCGAUCUUGUCCACACACAGGCGGUGAAGCAAUGCAUCUAUCGGUACCCAUACAAGACCGUCCAAGAGUUCAUUCUGUUCUCACACUUGCUCACGCGCUGGGGUGAGAGUGGUACUCUCGGUUUCUUGCCCCAUCUCGACAAUAGAAACACGGCGCAGAUUGUCUUGCAAGCGAUCACGACCGAGUCGAGGCAAGAGAUGAUCUUUCGCCAGUUUCAGGGCCUGUUCCCCAUGCCCAUGUGGUUCGGCAAGUUGAUCCCCCUCUCGAUGUCGCGAUCACAUACAACCUCUAUCACUGCUUGCUGAUAUUGAAUUGACGUUUAUUCUCCCUCUGUAGUUACCGGCGUGCCCCAAGCGUUCCAGUGGACCUUGCUGCAACGAUACAUCAAGUCCUGCCCUGCGAACAACCCCACGAUCCAGUUCCAGAUCUUUCCCGACUUGCUCAUCACGAAUGCACCCAAUCUGCUCGGUCACCCUCCCGCCAUCACUCGCAACACAAGCGGCGUUACAUAUCCUGGUCGUGUUAUUCAGUUCGAGUGGGAGGCUCCCGGUAAGGUCACUGGGUACGAUGACAAGUACCGCACCGCCACGACCGCUGGACCGCCCAAGGUAUACCCUUUCGCCACUCUCACCUGCAGAGCCUGUCCCGGGUUGUUUCUGACCCUUACUCUACCUUUUUGCAUGAUAGUUUGCUGCUUUCGUUUCGCAACUCAACGUCACCUACACCGACCUUGUCGACAUUGAUCUCGCCAAGCGCACCGCAGGUACGUGAUCAGUCUUCCUCCCUCAGAAGCACAGCACUUGACGCCUUCAACUUUGUUACACAUCUUGAUGCACAGCCACGAAGCAACCUGGCGCGCUUGAGUUCCCUGGUGCCAACGGCCGCCCGGGAAACUCCCAGGUCAAUGAAACCGUCUUCGUCGUUCUCACCGACUCGAAACCCUUCCUUACCCCGUAAGUGGACGCUUGCGAUUGGACUUUCUGUAUCCUUGGCUAGAAAGUACAUUCACUGAUAAAUGUACUAUCUGCGAUGUAACAUCUACAGCGGCAACAUCACGCUGAUCAACCCACACGUCGUGGCGGGUCCUGCGCUGUGAGUUUGACUUUGGUUUCGGUAGCCCCUAUAUUUAUUGGCGCCUCGAUAACUCACCCUGCUUGUGCCCAUCUUACCACACAGCUACCAAUCGGGCUGAAGAAAAACCCUCUCUUUCUCUAGCUUUUCCGGCCAGACGUUAUCCUUACCCAACUUGCUCGAUUCCCGAUUCGUUUCGACCGUCUCGCCCAGUUAG